GGAUGAGGAAAGCUCCAAAAGUCCAGAGGCACUGCGCUUAUGAAACACUGGCCCAGUCAGGGCUUAUAAGAACAGGCCGCAGUGAAUCCACAACAGUCAGAGCAACCAGGGAAUGAACAAGAUGAAGCUGGACUCUGCAGCAGUCCUGUCCAUGUGGAUCUUCCUUCUCUCACCUGUUCGAGGGGAGCAGCCUGUAAAUUGCCGUUGGUCCAACUAUGGGCUUUGGUCAGAGUGUGACCCCUGCUCCAGCACUAAGGUGCGCACCCGUCACAUCCAAGUGUUUGCUCAGUUUGGAGGAGCUCUGUGCUCCGGGGAAUCCUUCGAUAUACAGCCCUGCUCCUCUCACAAACAAUGCCCCCUACAGGACGGAUGUGGAGGACGUUUCCGCUGCUCCUCAGGUCAGUGCAUCAGCGCUGCCCUGCUGUGUAAUGGAGACCAGGACUGUGAGGAUGGGCUGGACGAGGCUCACUGUGAGAACACCCACUACAUCUGUAACACCCUCCAGACCCCACCCAACUCGGACCUGACCGGCAGAGGGUAUAACGCCCUGACUGCAGAGCUGAAGGCCUCAGUGAUAAACACGCGCAGCUUUGGAGGACAGUGCAGGACAGUGUACAGCGCACAGGGAGGAACACGCUACAGACUGCCACAUAAUGUGCUCAACUACAACCUGCAGGUGGCAGUGAACAAUGAAGAUAGUGAUGAGUCCUAUGAGUCGUCCUGGUCCUACAUGAAGCACGUCCAGACCAAAGCCCUGUUCACCAACUACAAACAGACCUUCCACCACGAGCUGUCCGAAAACAAGGCCCACAGGCUGAUCAUCCUGAAGAACCGUGUGGUGCUGGGACACUUCCAGAACUCGGCCCCAGCGUACCUCACUCUCUCUGAGGGCUUCUGGCGCGCUCUGGCCUCCCUCCCUCUCACCUACGACUACGCCGCCUACAGCCGUCUCCUGCACACCUAUGGCACACACUACCUGUCUGAGGGGUCUGUGGGGGGGCAGUACAGCGCUCUGCUCCAGCUGGACCGUCAUGAAAUGGAGUCUACAAGUACCACAGAUAUUGAGUACCAGAGGUGUUGGAAAAAAGUGAAACGGCGUUUCUUCAGGAAGAAGGUGACGGUGACAUGUGAGAGGCUCACACAGGCUCUGUCCUCCAAAGAUGGGUUCCAGCGCAGCAGCAUGCCCAUCAAAGUGAACAUUGUUGGGGGAGACGUGUCCCUGAUCGGGGCCCUGUCAGUUCUCGAUCUGGAGAGUCCUGAACGGAACGGAGAGCAUUACGACAACUGGGCAGCUUCUGUGCAAGACUUCCCUGCGCUCAUUGAGCCCAAGCUGAGGCCCCUGUACGAGUUGGUGAAGGAGGUGCCGUGCUCCGGCCUGAAGAAGCUCUACCUCCGACAGGCGCUGGAGCAGUUCCUCUCUGAGCAGGAUCCCUGUCACUGCAGGCCCUGUCACAAUAAUGGGGCCCCUUUCCUGUCAGGGGCCCAGUGCACCUGCGUGUGCAGACCUGGGACGUCCGGAGCCGCUUGUGAGAAGGGGACUGUCAUAGGAGAGCAGCCUGGAGUGGUUCACGGGGGCUGGAGCUGCUGGUCGCCAUGGAGUUCCUGCUCUGGAGGUCAGAGGUCACGCUCUCGAAGCUGCACUAACCCCGCCCCCAGAGGAGGAGGGGCACAGUGCACCGGGGCCAGUGUGGAACGGGGGACAUGUGAGGACCCGGACAUGGAGUACCUCAAGCUGAUGGAGCCCCAGUGUUUGGGUCUGUCUGUGCCCCCCCCAAAGACGUGCCCCCCUCCUCCCCCUCUCCCCAACGGCUUUGUGCGGGACCCCAGGGACAUGUACGUGGUCGGGGUCAGGGUGGAGUUCUCCUGCAUCCACGGCUAUCACCUCCAGGGCGGCGCCGUGACCACGUGCACGGAGCAGCAGACGUGGAGCACAGGGACGAGGAGCUGUGAAGUGUCCAUGUGUGCGGCUCCACAGCUCCAGCCUAAUGUCAACGCCUCUCCCCUGAAGCAGAGCUAUGAGAUGGGGGACAGUGUGUCUCUGUCGUGUCCCCCAGGCCUGCUCCUGGAAGGGGAAGUGUCUCAGAGCACAUGCAGCUCCAGCCUGCAGUGGUCCCCCUCCCCCGAGGACACUCGCUGCAAAUCAGUGCCCUCUGCCCCCACUCCUCCCUCUGGACUGCUCUGUGCGCUGUGGGAGAACCCUGGACGCAGAGGCUGUGUUUGCAAGAUGCCCGCUCAGUGCCCGCCAUCGCUGCCCCUGUGUGCUGACCUGGGUCUGUGGAACCGCACUCUGGGGGUGUGCCAGCUGGGGGCGCUGCGCUGUUUGGGACGGAGGUUCACUCUGGUCUCAGACCAACAGUGCACGUGGGAGGAGCCGUCGUGCAAAGCCUGUGUGCCUGGGACCCGCUGCGACGAAUCCUCAGACAAAUGUGUUUGCCAGAGAGUGUCAGAAUGCCCGCCAAACUCCACCCCCUUAUGUGCCAAAUAUGGUGGCAGUGACGUUGCUGUGACGACCAGCGAGUGUGAGGUCGGGGCCCGCAGGUGCUCCGGAGAAACGGUCCAGGUGAUGGGCAUCGAGGCCUGCCCUGAUCACUGACAGAGGAGAUGAGCUGUACAUAGUCUUGUUGUAAAUAUAUUUGAUAUGAAAUGAAAUGAGUGCAUCAGAUGUGUGUGUUUCACUAUUAAAAAGAUCAUUUAGGGAAA